UUGCCCUUUUUAAAAGGUGGAUUAUUUGCCAUCAUGUAAUUGACUUGUUACAGUUCUUUAUAUAUUCUGGAAUCAAGUUCUUAGGUGCAUAUAUUACAAUUUUCUCCCAUUCUGGGCCUGGUGUUUUCCUUUCCUUAACAGUGUCUUAUGAACAGCAGGUGAUAUAAUUUUGAUGACAUUCCAGUGAGCUUCUUAUAUUUCUUCUUUUUUUUUUUUAAUAUUUAUUUAUUUUUGAAAGCGAGAGAGCGUGCGCAGAGGGGAGGCAGGGGUGGGUUGGACAGAGGAUCUGAAGUGGGCUCUGUGCUGACAGCUGGGACGUUUGAGAAUUGCCAGCCCCAUGGAAAAGGAGCUGAGAAUAACAGGGAAAAUGACCCUGAAUAGAACAGAGAUGAUUGCUCAGUCACUGGUCCUGUAGCCCGCCACCGUGUGCCCACUUCAGAUGUGAGGCUCCUGGGCGGUCAGCAGGAGGCAUCCGGCCCAGGCUGGACGUGCCCACACAGGCAUCUGGUCGUCCUUGCCGGCCUCGAUGUCCAUUGACCAACCAGUGAUUCUGUGACGCCCCCUGCCCUUCAGCCGGUCCCGAGUGGGGUGAGGACAGCGUCAGCCACUCCUCCUGACAUGUUGUAGUUUUCAGGGUCUCAGGGUGCGUUGUGGGGGUUUCCUGUGAUUAGUGCCACCAGAGAUGUGUUUUGCAUCUGAACCCAAGAACAAGAUGCUGGGAGGAAGGGCCAAUCACAGAUCAAGAAAGAAUUCUGACAAUUAAAAGUAUAUUUAAAGAAAUUAACUCAGAAUAUAGACCAAGAAAGACAAAAUCUGGGAGAAAAUCUAAGAGACGUGGAGGGUAAAUCAGGAUGUCCAAUUCAGUGGUCACAUUCCAGAAACAUACAGUGGAAAACAGGAAGGGGAGACUAUUGAGAUGGCCCGGUCGCUUCUCAGGACAGGGACUUGAGAGCAAAAGGCCUGCAGAGGCCCGAGCGGCAAGCGGGAGGUGUUUCAGAGGCAUCUGGAAACCCACAGAGGGGACACGGGACACAGCCUGUCCCGCUUCCCAGCCGCGGCUGAGGACGGCAGGUGGGUCUGCCCACGCAGGGGCGGGGAGACUCCUGCAGAUGCCAGGCUCCGGGGAGUCUCCGGGGAGCAGCUUUGCGGGCCCGGCCUGUGACCGAGGCCUCCACCUGCAGCCGCCUCCGUUCCCUUCCAAGUUCAGAACGGUGGGAACCGAGAGACUGGAGCUGGAGAAGGCCUCCAGGAGGAUGGGGCCCUGAGCUGGCAGCCUCCUGCUCCUCGAGGGCUCCGCUGGAGCCGGUGGGCCUGGUCCAGGCUGGGGCUGGGCUUUCAGCCCCCCGGAGGGGCGGAGGGGUGGAGGGGUGGAGGGGUGGUGUGGUGGAGGGCCUUCCCCGCAGGAGCACACCCCAGAGGAAGGGGCUCGGGAGCCCUGGCGAGCGCACAGGGGCCCGUGAAGAGCAGCCCGGGCAGAGCGUUGAGCCUGGAGAACGAGAGUCAGUCACGCUGCCCGAGUGGACGGCACUAAGGGGUGGGAGGGAACAGAGUGGCACGAGGGGAAGGGAAGGGCACAGUAGCCGGAAGUCCCGGAGAAACAGCGGGCUGCCCAUCUGAACCAGGCUCACAGCUCACUGGUGGUCCACAGAGCUGCUGCUGGAGCUGGAGUCCGAGCUGCAGAAGAGGGAGCACGAGUUCCGCCUGCAGGCUGACCGCAUGAGCAACGAGGUCCUGACGCACGAGCUCAAGGUUAAACGGUUGGACAAGGAGCUCGCGGCUCUGAAGGAAGCUGCAGCACGGGCCGCGGAGUCGCUGCGGAGCGCUGAGGCCGCGAACUCGGAGCUGCGGGACCAGCUGCAGCGCGGCGGGCAAGAGCUCAGGGACCUGGCGGCGGCCAAGGACGCACGGAUCAAGGACUUAGAAGGCCAACUUCACUCGGAGCAGCAGGCCAGGAAGAAGGAGGAGGAGGCGUUCAGGAGGAAGCACGAGGCGCUGGACCACCUGGCCAGGGAGAAGGACGCGGUGCUGGUGGCUGUGAAGGGUGCCCACGUGGAGCAGCUGCAGGCGCUGGAGGCCAGGGCGCUGGAGUUGCAGGCCCACGGCGACAGCCUCGAGCUGCAGCUCCGCGGGGCAGAGCGGAGGCAGGCCGAGGCCUUGAAGGAGAAGGACGCCGCCAUGGACAAACUUCGUGAAGAGGCGUCGGCUCUAAAAUCGGGCUGGGAUGCCCGGGUCGCCCAGCUGUCCAAGGACCUGAUCUCCAAGGACCUUCAGAUUCAGGCGCUGCAGGAAGAGGCAGUGGAGCUCAAGGCACAGCUGGCCAGGUGCCAACAGGACGUCGGAAGGUAUAAGCAGCAGCUGCUGGCGGCGGCGGAGCGGGAGCAGUGCCUGCAACGCGACAAGGUGCAGCUGGAGCUGGACUGGCGACACCGCUGUGACAGUCGCGAGAGGGACCACUACCGCGCGUCUGAGGACUUGCUGCAGGCUCUGACUGCCGCGCGGGACCAGGUUGCUGCCAAGCUCCAGGAGACAGAGCGGACGCUGUGUGACCAGGAGGUGGUGCUGAAGGCCUUGACCCUUGAGAGAGACCAGGCCGUGCAGGCGUUGAGGACACGCGGGCUUCUUCCUGAGAAGGAGGUGCUCCUAAGGCAUCGUGAAGAAGAAGUAAGUGAAAGUUUUCCAUCUAGUGAGAUCCAGAGGCUCCAGGAGCAAAACGCAAGCUUACGACGCGCUGUUGCGGAGAUGAGGGAGGAAAUGGAGACCCUGAACGACCAGGUUCUUCCUCCUGAGCAGUCAGGGGGUCAGCCCUCUGACCCCGCACAGCCCCUUCCAAAGGCAGCAGCUGAGGCCACGGCUCCUGAUUACAUCAUGGUCCUCGAAACAGAAAUAAGAAAUCUGAAGCAUAAAUUUGAAACCCUGGAAGGACAGGUAGAAGAUGUGUUAGAUCCUUCGAAGAUGUCCUCAUCUCACUCUGACCUUCAAGCCAGCGUCCACAUCUUGGCCGAAGUGCCUGGAGGAGCUGUGCCGGCCGAUGGCACACCCAUGGGUCUAGCGCUCGGGAGGCUCAGAAACAGGACACAUCUCCUGAACUUCCUGGUGGCCCGGCUCAGGCAGAAGGUGCUGCAGAAACCCCUGGGCGCGGACACCGUCCAGCACGAGCUGCCCCACGAGGUGGGCCAAGUGCAUCUGGAGGCUUUGGAGCUGCAGAAGCAGGUGGCCGAGCUCGAGGAGCAUAUCGGGAGCCACUGGCGGCUACGAGCCUCGGACCAGGUGGCCCUUGCGAGGCAGGUCCCUGCAGACCAAGGACCCAUGGGGACCAAAGACCAGAAGCCACAGCCCCCGCAGGUGUCGUCUGUGCCCCGACUCCAGAGGAAACUGAAGGAGGCGGCCCGAGAAAUCGUCCGCCUCCGCCUGGAGAAGGAGCAGCUCCUGGAGACAGGAAACAGGCUCCGAGCGGAGCUGGGCCGCGGCCCAGGGAAACCAGCUAAUCAACCCCGGCCCACUCCUGAGGCCUGGAACCAGAGUGAAGCACCUCUGGGGCAGGUGAAGCCCCGCUCUGCAGCUCAGGGCUCUAAGAGCGCCGAGACAGAACGUUCCUCUGGACACCCCGGGGAGGCCCGGCCCCGCCUGGCCCAGAGCGUCCGCAGAAGGUCCAGUCCGCCAGGCUGCACAGCAGGAGCUGAGGCUGGGUCGGGGCAGAGGCAACACGGGAUCUCCAGGGCGACUUACAGAUCAGCUCGGCAGAAGGAGAGCCGGUCCCCAAAGCCACACCUGGCUCAAGAAUCCCAUGAGGAAAAGAGCCACCACACCCGAAGCUCCUCAUCACCAGCCAGUGGUCCCCUCCAGGACACGUGGAAGUUACUGGACCUGGGAUCCAGCCCCUCCGGCCUCACGUCCCAGGACGACUCUGUGCCAGAGCUCACAGCACCUCCAGCAGCCGACAGCCUCAGACACCCUGACGGGAGCCCCGUGGGCACACAGGCUGCCCUUGCCAUCGAAGGGGUGAAGACAGAAGCCCAGGCCAAGGCCAGGCCUGCCAGAACUGCCAGGGCUCACCCCUGCAAAACUAAAUGCUGCCAGAGGCCCCCCAAGAUCCGUAACUACAACUUAAAGGACUGAGUUCCCCUGUCGGAGCUUGGGUCCCCAAGCUUUGAUCGCGCGGCAGGGGUGCGUGUGCGCAAGCACCCGUGUGUGCACGAGCGCGGGGUGCAGGCAGAGAGCUUCGGAGCAGGCUCCCCAGAGCCACCGAGGUGCCCCACUGACCAGCCUGGAGCCAUUAAAGCCCGUUCCUCCCGUG